AUGAUAAUGAAUUUAGACCGACACUAUUUGGUUUGCCCAUCCAAGUACUUCUUGGUCAGUUUUCGAUUCCAAAGGCAAGGAUCGGCAUACAAUUCCAACGUUCGCUACGCAUACCGCUGUUGCAAGAUCUGAUUAAUUAAGGAAGCAACCUUAAAAUGCAGUUGUUGAUUAGUAGAUCAAAGUUAACGCGGUAAAAAUAUUGACUGAAGAAUAAAUUGGUCGUAUUUAGUAAGGGUAAUGCCCAGUAAACAUAACCUUUUAUUAUUCAGUAAUACAUGUUGUAAACAGAAUUAGGGGAAGUCUGUUAAGUUUGGUUUGGAUUCUAGUUUUUGAACAAGUCUUUUAUGGUUAAUUCUACACUGUGCAUGUGGUGACAUUUUGGACGGUUUUCGAUUUGCAGUGUUCAAGAAUCAGUGUACAGUGUACGCACUGUAUGCCUCUUUUCUUGUUUAUUCCCGUUCAUCACACCCUGUAAAGCAGCAAUCUAAAACAGAAUUUUAUUUAUUUAGUGAAAUUAUGUAAGAAUAGAGAACGACUUAGGUAACAAACUAGCCCGUGUGUUGUCUUCAGCGAUAGUAAAAUAAAACAACUGCAAAUAUGUUUAGACAGGCUGAUUAAGGUGGCCCGAGCCUAUUUAUAAGCGUGUUGGUUAUGUUUUUGAUUCGCGUUUUCAGAAUGAAUGAUUCAACCGAUUUCUAUGAUUUUGAGCAUCCUUAAUAAAUAAAGAUAAAACUUUAAGAAACUGUUGAUUAUUUUCUUGUAGGUAUAAAAACCUUUGCGAUAUUGACGUUUAUUUAAAACCUUAUAUUUACGAAAAGGUUUCCUUCUACAUAUACAUUCUUGAAAACACCUUCUAGCCCACCCAGAGCCAGUACUUUUGGAUCGCUAGACUGAAAUGCAUUCUAAUCUGAGCUGUAAAAUUCGUAUCUGUUCGGCCAUCCUAGGGAAACUAAGUCUUUUCGAAAUUACGAGGGCUUCAAUAUUUAGAUUCAAUUUAAAUUUUUACGAAAGUAAGAAUUUCUUUGAAUCCUCUCUCCACCACAUUUUCAAAUCUGAAAAUUUUACGUUUCCUACGAAAAAUAGCUUACUGGGGAGUGCAAUGCGCAAAAUCAAACUCAAGAAAAUCUUAAGGAACUUAUUAGAUGAGAUUCUAAAAUUGUGCAUGAAUGGAGUUGUCAUCUUGAAAUUUUUAGCCUUUCUCAACCUAUAGAAAAUUUUUGGCAAUUUUUGCUUCUCCGAACAGAUAUUUUUCAGAAAGCAUUCAAUGGGUGCUCCUGACUUUCCUCCGGUUUCAAGUUCUUAGCUGUUCUUGAACCGGAUUGCACGUUGAAAUUGCCCCUCAUGGCGCUAGAACCCUUUCGCGGACACUUUGAUCAAGCACAUGGAUGGCUAAAAUUGAUUUGGAUCGUAACGUUUGCGAUCCAAGCCUAUUUCAGAAGGAUUUGUUUGGAGUCAUUGGAACAUAACACGAUGCUUAUAUCUCUCCACUAAUUUGCACCAACAGGCUAAUUUUUGGGAAGUGGGCCUUUUAUUUCGUGCUCUUUCUGAAUAUGACAAGCAAUCCCAUAACUUCGCCAAUUUGAAUUUUUGUGACGUCACUCUUCCCUUCUCCAUUCACUAAUGAAACGCCAUCUUGGUUUUCAAUUCCCCUUUAUUUACUUUGAUUACCGAGUAGUAUCAAUAAGGUUAAGAGCUCGUAAUUUUGCAGGGUCUCAGUUCUUAAGCAACAUCUAGUAAACCAAUUUUUCCUAAUUAAUUUUGUUUUUGUUUUUUCAUUUUUAAUGCUGGGGACGGGCGUCGAUAAAACCCGGAACAUUCCGGAACAUGCCGGAACAUGCCGGAACAUCCCGAAAUAUGAAAAAAUAAAAGUAAUUUUCAUGAAAAAAAAAAUUAAUUAACUAAAAUGAUAAUAAUAACAUAGUUUUUGUAAAAAUUAAUAAUAACAAAAUAACAUAAAAUAAAAAAAUAUAUAAAAAAAAAAGGAAAAUAAGGAAAUGAUUAAGAAAAAGAAACAUCUCCGAGUAUGAGAUAACAAUAUUUUGUCGCAAAUAAUUUGUUGGGCGAGUGAGGGUCCAUGCAAAUGACAGUGAUGAGUGAAGGCUUGCUUCUAAAUUCAAAAUAUAUUAAAAUGGGUCGCGAGGAGGGGGGUUUUCAAGCUUUACUCACACAGCUAUCUCUUGUAAUUGUUUACCAUGAGUUAAUCAUUUGGCGGUUAACCAUUUACGGUUCUGCGAUGGUCUGAAAUGUCGGUGCAGUAUGUCAUGUCAAGCCGAGUCGGUAAUUAAGUUACUAAAGUCCAAAUCGACGAGCCCCUAAGCUCUUCUUACGGUCGCAAAGCCGUAAAUGAAUAACCGUUAAACCGCAUCGCAAACAUUUACAAGAGGUAGCCGGCUGUGUGAGUAAAGCUUGAAAACCCCCGUCCUCGCGACCCAUUUGAAUAUAUUUUGAAUAUAGAAGCCAACCCUCACUCAUUACUGUCAUUUCCAUAGAACCUCGCCCCACAAAUUAUUAUUUUUCUUUAUUUCUUUCUCUUUUGGUUUUUUGUUAUUUUACGUUAUUAUUAAUUUUUAUAAAAAUUAUUUUAUUAUUAUUAUUUUAUUUAUUUAUUUAUUUUCAUGACAAUUAUUUUUAUUUUUUCAUGUUUGGGGAUGUUCCGGAAUGUUCCGGAAUGUUCCAUGUUCCGGGUUUUAUCGACGCCCAGUGUCCACUGCGACUUCACGGACAUGAUUUUGCAACUAUAGAAGGGUGAAAACGUACGUGCGAUCACAGGUAUCCCAAGCUCAAGUUGCGAGUGUGUUAUGUAAAUUGAUUUGCAUAACACACUCGUAACGUGAGCUUGGAACACCUGUGGUGCGUUCUUUGAUAUUGAGAGAACGGCUAAUCCCUAUCUCGAUCAAGUGCAUGUACGAAAGCAACCUCGCCGAUAUUUUUGUAGCCAAUUAGAAGAAUGGAACUCAAAUGUUUCUGAAACUGGUUUUGUAAAAUUAAGUGCUCAGGUAAUUCCCAUUAGCACCCCCCUGCUGCCCGUAGGCAUUAAUGCAUCUCUCCGGUGUUGCGGCCAUAUUGGAAAACAAGAAGACCCUGGGGACAAGGUUGUCUCUGUUUUAGCAAUGGCGGAAGUACCGAAUAGCCGUUCUGUUCCUUCUGGUCAUGACGAGCAGUUUGUUGUCCAACCUGAUGAGGACCUCCAUUGCAUAAUAUGUUCUCUGCCUUCGAAAGAACCGGUUCUUACAAGAUGUGGUCACAGGUUUUGCCGGCAGUGUCUCGAGGAAUUUUUGCGAAGGUAUUCUUAGACUUCCUAGCUGUACUGCUAGCUGUAAGCUUCGGAUUCAUAGUUUUGUAUGUGUUUUCUGUUCUUAUCAGAUGUGUAUAUUGUAUGUUACAGUACUCCAACAUUACCAGUACCGGUCAAGAGAUCAUGAUCUCUUGGUACUGUGUUGUACAGGUAGGCUACAUAGCUCUUGGUAAAACUUGUUGAUUGAUAGUGCAUGAUCAGGGGCACCCAACGACGAGUUCCUUCCAAAUACAUUAAAAACAUUUUUUAGGGCUACCCAGAGUACUUUUAGAUCUCUAGAGAUGCAUUCUAAGUAGCACUAUAAAAUUUGUAUCUGUUCGGUCAUCCUAGGGGAAGUUAAUUGAGUCUUUUCGAAAUUACAAGGACUUCAGUAUUAUUUGCACAAUUCUAGAUGCAAUUCAGCGUGUUACGAAAGUGAGAAUUUUUCUGAUUCCUCUCUCCAUCAUAUUUUUGAAUCCGAAAAUUUUAGGUUUCCUUUUUUACGAAAGAUAGCCUAAAGUGGGCAGUGAAAUGUAAAAAAUUAAACUUCAGAAAAUCAUGAGGAAAUAAUUAGAUAAGCUUCGAAAAUUGUACAUGAAUGGAACGGUCAUCUAGAAAUUUGUAGCCGUCCUCAAGCAAUGGAAAAUUCUAGGCGAUUUUUGCUUCUCCGAACAGAUAUUUUACAGAAAACAGUCGUUGGGUGCCACUGUGUGAUAAGCAUCCAACGAGAUUGCUCCUGGUUUUUAAGGAUCUACUUGUAAAUUAUCCAAGUACCUUCAACUUAUGGCACCAAAUACAAAACGGUGUCUAAAUGAACGGCAGCCGAUCAAAUUAUUCCCUUUAGACAGUCCAAUAUGCAUUUGUUUCUCGUGUCUACUAGAUUUGUUUCAUAUGUAUCGGAGAUAAGCUAAUUAGGUAUAGCGAUUUAUUAUUAGGAUACAAGGAUACAGAUGCUGGCCGCUAGGUUACAACAAAUGGGUUUAAUGAUCUUGUUGUCAGCCAGCCAUACAACAACAACCGACUCAACCGAUACGAAACGGUCGGUGCAAGGCCCAUAAUGAUCUAGUGAACUCCUCAUAUUAAGACGCGAACAAAACGUCCGGUUACGUUGAGACUCCUACACGAAUGUCUUCUUUUAAAAAGCUUUAGUAUCUGGGAUAAAGUGCUUUUUUUUAAAAAAAAAACCGAUGAAGUCGCGCUAGAACGGACUGUCUGAACGAAAUAAUUUGAUCGGCUGCCGUUCAUUUAGACACCGUUUUGUAUUUGGUGCCAUAAGUUGAACGUACUUGGGUAUAAUUUACAAGUACAUCCUUAAAAACCAGGAGCAAUCUCGUUGGAUGCUUAUCACACAGUGGCACCCAACGACUGUUUUCUGUAAAAUGUCUCUUCGUUUAAAAACGAGCCUGCUUGUAAUUUGUAUUAUUUAAUUAAAUUUGACUGUAGCGAAGCGUAACGCUGUAGUUAAAGUAGAGUUGAAGAGAAUAACUUUACUUCUUUAAAUGUGAUAGCUAGAGCCUUCGAAGUGUACUUGUAUUUUCUAAUCCAGUAAGUAAUGCCGGCUAUCGUACUGUUGGGAGCGCCCUAAAUACUGUAACUUUGGAAUGUUCUAACUGUUGUUAUGUAAGAAUCCAGACUCUUGAAUUGCUUUGUACAUGUGAUGUUUGUGUUCAGUCAUGAAUCACUUCAUCAAUCAUGCAAUGGAGCAUUUGAUUAGAUUCCGAUUAAAGUGGGCUGAAAAAAAAGAGGAGGAAGAGCGAGAGGCGCAGUGUUUUACACCUUCUUAAAAUAAGAAUACAUCUUAAUCAACACAAUAUCGCUUGUUAUUGAUUUAAAAUAUUGAUUCGUUUGCGGCUGGCCCAAAUUCCCCUGGCUAAUUCUCCAUAACCAUGUUAGCGACUAGUCCAAAUUUGGAAGACGGUAAUGAUAUUCGGUAUUAUUAUCAAAGGCAGGAGCAAGAGGGCCACCAGAUAACAUGUCCUUUGGACAGAGAAGCACUGGAACGAAAUAAGGUCAGUACUACAACACUAAUAGGAACUGGCUUAAGAUAUCAAUACGGCGACGGCAACGAGAACAUCAAAAGAGUAAAAGGUUUAGAUCAACUAAACAACAACUUUGCAUGUGCAUCACACUUUUUUGUACAUUUCUUUGCCGUCAUUAAACGACUUUGACGUAAAGUUGACUAGUUUCAAGUUUUAUGGACAACGUGAACAUGCAACGACAAUUUCUCUUUCUCUUUUUCGACUUAGAUAUUUUUGGUUAGAAUUCAACCCCAGGAGAGUUCACCUGCAUUAGACAAAUGAUAAUCGCGCUGAAUUUUCAUAAAGGCGAAUUCAUUUUUUAAGCAGUGACGUUUUCGCUUCCGUUGCCGUCGUUGUAUCUCACACUUUCUUAUUCUUACUGUGAUACAGGCAAAAGCGCUCAACUUUGAUUACUAAAAAGAAAGAAAAAACAAUCAGAAAAUGAUUUUAUGAAUAAGUAUUUUUCUUCCAUUUUUACAUUUUAGGACAUAUUCCCUGACAAACUAGCCGAAAGAAAGGUGUUGUCACAUGUCAUCAAGUGUCCCAAUGAGUGUUGCGACUGGCGUGGUGAGCUGAGGGAAAAAGAGGUUAGGAUUGUUUAUCUUAGAAUUCGAAACUUUGACGUGCCUCCCCUUUGUAACCUCCCCGUCAAUUAAACUUUUGGUUGAUCAAACACCCAACCCCAAUGCCCAAAAAAGUGUUCAGGCAAGUCCCAAUGCCCCUUCGCCUACAACGUUUAGGAAAUUAAAAUGUAACACUCUUGGAGCGUGGCAAUUUUCCUUGACUUUUGCACUAGCUAGGGCAGCGACGGUUCGGAAUUUAUGUAAAGAUCAAUGCUAAAUUAACUGUAAAGGGCCUAAGCCAAAUUUUAAGCGAUUUUGAAGAUUUAAAGUUCACCGUUGACUAUCGAGGAAUUUUGUUCCCAGAUACAUACUCAGCGGUGAACUCACAGUGAACUCAAAAAAUGAGUUCUGCGCCACACGGACGACAGUAAACUCCAAGUAAAAGUGUUUCUUUAGCACUGAUCUAUGUAUUAUUAUUUUGCAAACAGUCGCCCUAUUAUGAAACUUGCAUUUUCAAAAAUUCCUACCGACGCUUGCAAAGAAAUAUUCUUUGGAGGUGGUGUAUAUUAUGUAUAGUGUCAGAUCUUAGGAAGAGGUCUGGACCUCCCCUUCCUCCUGCCCCCUCCCACCCACGUUUAAUUGUUUGGCCAAACUGAAGCUCGCAGGGCCGAGAAAAGUUGUUUUCGGGGCCAAGCCGGCCAAGCCUGUCACCUAAGAGUCCUAAUAAGCCCCCCCUCCCCUCCUUCACUGCCACUUUCAUAAGUAUCUGAAUGUGUUAAAGCUGUACUUGCAGUGGUUCUGGCCAUGGUGAGACUGAAUUCAAUCGCUCGUUCAUAUGAUUAUGAAACUUUCAGUCAUGUAUCAUGUAAGUUGUAUGGUCUGUCUUCUGAUUAUUUUAACAGAACCACUUGGCCUCUUGUCCUUGGAAAAUUGUUUCUUGUACCAAUGAAAAAUGUGGAGAACACUUGGCCAGAAAGGAUCUGACUGAACACGUGGCCAACACGUGCGUGUGGAGAAUUUUAAGGUGCCUUUAUUGUCAAGAACAUCAUCCACAAUGCCAGAUGGAGGUAAAAGUAAAUUGAUUCUUGUUGUUGAUUUUGAGAGGCAUAAGACGCUAACUAGGCAAUAUAAAAUAAUAGUAGCAGCAUGACGAGGAAUUAGAUAAAAUGCGCCAUUUUUCACUUCCACGCAUCAUCAUCUCACAUAUGCUUCCUAAAUAAGGCGGGCAUAUCAAGAGACAAUUAUUUAUUCAAAAUAUUCUCCGUUUCUGAUUUCCCGACUAUUUUAGCCUGUUCCAGGCUCUCAGAUAGUAGGAAUGACGCGUAAGUGAAAGUCACACGAAGCGAGCGCAAGAUCUUGGAAAAGGGACCGGUGCAUGGCGGGAAAAAGGAAGGCCCUAGUUUCCUCCCGUUUUAUUUUUCGUUUCGCGCUUCCCGCUCAAUAUCGCGGACCCCACUAUCUCGGAGCCUGAAACAGGCUGACAAUAAUUGGCUUGUAAUGUGGCGACCCGGCAUACUUCAAAUACUUAUAUUAACUUUUCGCCUCAGUUUCGUGAACUUGAACGAAAGUGUCAAAACGCAGUUUCUUUCGCUUUUUUGUUCAGUUUUUUAUCUUUUUGUUUUUUGUCUUGACAGGCACAUCUAGAAAAUUGCGAGGGUCUCCUUACUGCCUGUCCAAACGACUGCGGGAUUAAAAUUACAAUUGAAAAGGUGAUGCUAGUGAAAUCAUUUUUGGUUUCUUAGGUUAUUUUCAUUUUCAGCAAUAGCCAGGUAUCAAAAUCAUUUAAUACUGAUUCAGAAAAUUGAAUUUGGAGUACAGUCAAACCCCGUUAAUAUAGACACUAAGGGGGCCAUAGAAAUUGUCCGUACGUAUUAACGGGGUGUCCGUGCUGGGAAAAUGAAAGGGCUUUCUUUUCCCAGGGACAAAGUCAACUGUCCGUAAUACUAAAUAAGGUGUCCAUAUAAGGGUGGAUUUCCACUGUCGCGUAAUUUUAACGUACGCACGUGCGUAAAAUUUACGUUUGCAAAUAAAAUAGAGGCAAUGUAUGAAAGGUCACGCGUAAACGUAAAAGUUGAACCUCACUCGACUUCACGUUUAAGCUCGACGCUUAAUUUAUAUCUUGCCUCCAUAUAAUUUACGCGAGUAAAACCAGUUUACGUGCGUGUGCACGCACGUAAAAAUUACGCUACAGUGGAAAUCCACCCUAAAGCGGGUGUCCGUAAAGCGGGUUUUGACUGUAAUGUUAAGAGAGCGUUAAGAAAAGAAACAUGAAAUAAAAUAGAUGAAAAGGACUUUAGGCGCCUUUUUUUACCGACUGGGCCAAGUUUGAUAGUCUGAUAACGCGCGAUGAAAAAGGUUUCUCAUAAAUAUCUUAACUGUUCACCGAAGGUUUUUGUUCAAAAUAGUGCGUAGUAUUUGUUAUUGUUGUUCUGCAUCGUGUACAGUUUGAGAGAUUUCGGAAAUUCCACGAGCUCAAUGGAACGGUACAUUCAGGUUGCACAGACCUGACCCAAGCCACCGCGCGUUUGGAUAUUGUUCUUGUAAGCUGGAUACAGUAGAGCAGUAAUGCUGGGGGGCAAAAUUUUGUCAAAUGGAAAGGGACAUUUCGAUCCGACCGGUAGGACCAGUCAAAGUGGACCCCCUUUAAAAGGUGGUCCCCCGCCAGUUGCGAAGUUGUUUGGACAAACCUUUAUAAGACUGUAGUGAAAUGAACGCGGUUACAUGCUCAGCAAUGGUGCGGAGAAAUUUCUGAGAAUUAUAUCCGCGUACGAGAAGUCUGUGUUGUGGUAAAAAAAAUGUCAAAAACUUAAGCCGGCACUAUUUUCUUCCAGGUGUCAGAUCACGUUGAAAAUACAUGUCCACUGACAGAAGUUCCCUGCCCAUAUAAUUGGCUGGGCUGUUUCUUGAAGGUAGGUUUGGCUUUUAACCCUUAAAGCCCCAUGCAAUAUCCACAUUCAGAUUCUCCAGACUGUUUUCAUACAUUUCCUUAAAGGAUAUGGUUGGGAACUGGUUGGGAUAAUUUGAUAAAAGACCAAGACCAUAUUUUUCAAAGGACCUUAGGGGGGCUUAUGUUAGAAGGGAAAUGUGCGUUGUCAAAUUAGCAAAUUGGUUGGGCUUAUACUCGGACGGAAGGCUUGGGUCUCAAAGUCGUUUGAGCAAGUAGCUUACAAUUGCUGACACCCUUGAGAGGGUAGAGCCCUCUAAAUACUCAGCCAUGCAAACUUAAAGACAACAGCAAAUUCUUUAUUUAAAAAUGUAAUACUUAUCUAAAAAGUAAGAUAACGUCAAAUAUUAAGGUAAGCUGUUCACAUUUAAAAAAAAAAAAAAACAGAAUUACCACCCACAGUUUGAAAUCUAUGACACUUCAACAAUAUCAUCGGCUUCUUCUGCGUCAGUGACUCUCCCUCUUCUGAUGAUGUGUCAACGUCGUUAGCUGAAGUGUCUGGGUGGAUUGCUUUGGCAUUGUAUAAGAGGCGACUAUAUCCUCUCGCUACCCAAGCCAAAGUCUACUACAUAUGGCUUGAACUCAGUCCGUUAUAUUGGUCCGAAACUCUGGAAUUCAAUUCCGAACAUGUUUAGAAAUAUAACGAAUCUUAAGUCUUAGCCAAGUUGACCUAGUGCAAUUUUUAUAAUUUCGACGCUUUUUUAUUGAAUUUAGUAUUUAUUUAGAUAUAAGAUAUACUUAUUAAGAUUUUAUUGUUAUAAUUUUAAUUAUAGAAUAUUCCAUAUCUAGUUCUUUAACUCUUAAUUUUAUUGUGUUUGUGGAAUACCUGUAAAUUAGCUGGCGUGCUUUCACAGAUUUCGGUUCCGACUGUGAAAGCACACCAUUAUUGUAGCAAAGUGUAUUUUCACAAUAAACUCUUAUUGUAUUGUAUUGUAUUGUAUUGUAUUGUAUUGUAUUGGAAGCUCCCGGGGGCUUAUAUUCGGAGCGGCUAUUUAACGGAUCAGGGGUAUUUCAAUUCAUUUCGAGUUGGUUGGGGAAUGAAGGGUGAUUAUUGCUGGAAUUUCACGGCAUAAUUCAUGUCUAUCAAAUUUAGAAUUACCUGAUGUUUUAAUAGACCAUAACCAAUAAGUAAGAAAUAUGAUUGGAUAAAAGAAAAAUAACAAAAAGAUAGCUGUUUUAUUUCAGAUUCAGAGAGAAGUGC